GAAGUGACAAUGUUUCAGAUGCGCUGGGUGUUAUGGGCGAGAUGGGCCUCAGUCUGGUCAGUAUCCCGAUCCAGAUCGUUCAGGAUACUCCGAUUCAACAGCAUGUGAUGACAUCUGAAGUGGUUCCCGAGACCACCACCAUAUAUCUGGAUCAGAGCCAGUUGGCGUACUUAAAUGGCGGCCAAUUGGUGAUCACAGAUGAGGGGUUCCUAACUUCAGUUCCAGCAGAGCAGCUGACUAUAGACAAGGACAGCCUGUUUGCACCGGCUACAGACAGCGUAACCGAAGCCAUCAAACCAAUUGGCAGUCUCAACACUCUGGAUCUCUCCUGCCUAGGGACUACUGAGGACCUGUUGCUGGGGGACUCUGCCGACCUGGGUCCGGAGCUGCCGCCAUCACCCAGUGGGGAAGAGCUGGUCAUCACCGGGCCAGAGGUCACCUGGAAGUGUAAUGAGGAGGGGGCGGCCGCUUCCAAGAAAGACAGUGGGCCCGUGAAAGACUCCAACAAAGACAUUCCCCCUCCACUGAGAAAGGGCCCUUUCAAAUGUGAGAUCUGCUUCAAGGAGUUUCCUCAGUAUUCCCAGUACAGGAAACACAGCCAGUUACAUCUAGAGGAAAAGCCACACAAGUGUCCUGCCUGUCCUGCAUCCUUCAACAUUCCGAGCAAUCUAAUUCUGCAUAAGGCCACCCACCAGUUGGACAACCUCGAAUGUCCGGAGUGCCUCAAGAAGUUCAGCCGGGUGGCCAGUCUCAAGGCGCAUAUCAUGUUGCACGAGAGAGAGGAGAGUCUCUUCUGUACCGAGUGUGGUGACGAGUUCGGCAAUCAGGUACAACUAGACAAACACAUGCAGAGUCACGACGAGGAGUGGGUCAACCCAAAAGCCAGGGUGUACCGUUGUCCCAGCUGUGACAAACAGUAUUCAAGAGCCUCCGUGCUGAGGCAGCACAUGAAGGACCACUACAAGGUGAAGGCAGCUCUGAGUGCCAACAGCUACAACCGAGCUGUGAGAAGAGGACGACUGUUACACUCCUGUACCGUUUGUAGCAAGACCUUCCAGAAGCCCAGUCAGCUGAUACGGCACAACCGCAUCCAUACGGGGGAGAAACCGUUCAAGUGUGAGUUGUGCUCAAGAUCAUUCAACCAGAAAGGUUCCUUGCUGAUUCACAUGAUGUCUACACACAAAGGGAUGCGUCCUUACCAGUGCCAAUUCUGCAGUGCCGCUUUCAGUCAAAAAGGAAACUUGCGUGCCCAUGUGGUGAGGCUCCAUUCCAUCCCCAACACCCAGGAAACAGUGUACCAGUGCAAGGAGUGCUCUUGUGUGUUCCGCAAGCUCGGCAGUCUUAACGCUCAUCAAAAUCGGAUGCAUCCUCCAUACACUAAUUCGCAGGAUGUAAAGAAACCUGUUGAUGUUAACCAGAUCAAAGUGAAAGCACAGAUUCCUGCAGGACUGAAAGAUACCUCGGAUAAAGAAAAUGACGCUCAAGAAGAAAAGGACCUACCGCAGCAACGAAUUAUAACUGUAUCAAACAAACUUGAGGAUGGAUCUGUAAAACACACCACAAUGAAGCAGAGGCAGAUUGGCACGAUCAAAUGGCACCAGUGCAGUUUCUGCGGGAAAGAGUUCAAGAAACCCUCGGACCUGGUCAGGCAUACUCGCAUUCACACUCAGGAGAAACCUUAUAAGUGCAAGUAUUGCUGCCGAGGGUUCAGUGUACGCUCGACGCUCGUCACUCACAUGCGCACUCACACGGGAAACAAGGAGCACAAAUGUAACAUCUGCAACAAGUCCUUCUCUUCAGCAUCUGUACUCUGGAAACAUAAGAAGGUUCAACACUCGAACAAGACAGUGGUGGCAAAAGGAACAGCUGAAGAGCCUCAGCCGCAGGAGCAGCAGCAGGAGUCAGGGACCACUGUUCAGGUAGAGCAGAAUGGUAGCAGCAGCAGCAAUGUGCUGUCAGCAGACUACCAGCAGCCAUUGGUUCUCACAGAUCAAGGUGUAAUGCAGGUUGUAACACUGCGUCAGGUGUGGUCAGUUGCCGACAACCCGGACCGGCCUCAUCGGUGCCACAUCUGCGGUCAUUCCUAUCGCAAGUCCAACCACCUCAAGGUUCAUCUCCGCAACCACUCAGGAGAGCGUCCCUUCGCCUGCAACCUCUGCCCCAGGACUUUCACGUCUGCGGGCGUACUGAAGGGACACAUGCGCACACACACUAUGCUGAAAACGCACCGGUGCAAUGAGUGCGGCAAGUACCUGUCGACGAAGGGCAGUCUCCAACGCCACGCUGUGACCCACACCGGCCUCAGCCAGCCCUACUCGUGUCCUUACUGCCCUAGGGCCUACAAGAGCCACUCGGCCUGUCGUAAACACAUACAGACUCACGAUCUCGUCGUCACUUCCUCUGCGCUGGAAACGGUGGAGGAGGAGGGACAGGGUGAUCUUGACAUGGAGGUGGCUGAAGUACAGGAAACAGACGGUAGAGAGGAGGAAGUCGCUGCGGACACGGAGGCAGUGGAGGCUAGCCUGACAGUCAGUAUGCCCAACAUCGAGGCUCUCAUCGUCAACAGGGCCAACUUGGGGUUGGCCAACACUGUGCUCACCGCCGAGGAGCCCUUUGUAGUUUCUAGGGUGGAAGAGACAACGCUGCCAGUGAGUCAGACGUUGCACGCCGAUGCUACCGGUACGAUCACCUUGCCUGCCCUCUCCGGUCAGGACGCUCUCACUCAGGAGAGCAUUAGAGAGAUAGAAGAGUCGUUGAACCAGCAGCUGUUCUGCACUGCAGACCUCAGUCUGGACAAGGAGCAGGUGGUGUUGUUCGACCAAGGGUUCGAGUCCUGCGUAUUCCCUAGCAUAACCCAGAUAGAGUUGGGCCAGGCCCUCACUUCUGCCAGCCUGGCCAGCAUUCUGCCCACAACUACCCCCACUGUGUUCAGCUGUGAGGAGUGUGGAGCGCAGUACAAGAGUGACUCGGAGCUGAACGCCCACAGACUGUCUCACCUGCAGAAGCAGUGCCUCGUGGAGUCACGCACCAUUACCUUGGGGGAUACAACCAUACAAUUGGAGGAGGACUUGGCCGCAGCAAACCUGCCCAGUAUAGAUACAGACCACGAUGUCGAGUACAGGUGUGACGUAUGCAACCAUCUGUGUGAGAGCGGAGAAGACUUGGCCAAACACAGAGAGAGUCACAGUUCUUGUGAAAUCUGUGAGAAGACUUUCGCCACAGUUGCCCAGUAUAAGGCCCAUGUGAAGAGCCAUGGACGGGAGAAGGAAUAUGUCUGUGAACAUUGCGGCUCCUCGUUCACUCAGCUCUAUUCCUUGGCCAGGCACGUGGUCAUACACAACUCUGAGGAAAAAAUAUUCAACUGCAGCGUUUGCAAUCAGAGUUUCCGAACCGAGGGGCUACUUCGGCGCCAUGCCAACGAGCACCGGGAGGGUAAAAUAGCUGCGCGCGGCGGCGGCGUGGUGAGGUCCGGCAGCUGACGGAAGGAGGAGGCUCAACGACUAGCCACACAGGAGGGCAACAGCAUGAGCGAGAGGGUUCUGAUCGCUUCCAUCGCAGAACGUGAUAGGAUCAGUGAUGUGAAGGACCCGGAGAUGUUCAAGAAUGAGCCGGUUCACGCCAACUGUUGCAAGUACUGCCCCAAGAGGUUUCCGCCAAGCCCAGUGAUCUGGUACGUCACCUGCGUAUCCACACGGGUGAGCGACCCUACCAGUGCGACUUCUGC